AUGUCUCUGAUCGAACAACUCAUUCGGUGUAAGAGGAUCUACUGCAUGUGGAUCACCUACUGCCACUACUUCGUCUUUUUCACUUCCCGUGUUAAACAACGAUCGAGAACUAGGUUCUCCUCUGAUGGUAUCCAUUCAACUUUGACAUCUAAUUGA